CGAAGUAGUUAUUUCCUGAAUAAACAUGUAUUUUAUUUAUUAACAAUAUUUCCAUGCCACCCCAUGACUGAAGUUCACUUCGAGGCAUCAUGUACAUAAAAAUGGUUAAUAUAGAUAAUAUAAAGCAAUAUAAAACACGUCACAUGAGAGAUGAUCAAUAAGAGCAACAGGUAGGACUUUAAAACUUUAGGAAGCACCACAAAAUCUAUUAAAAGCCCCUAAAAAGCCCAGGGUAUUUCCCACCCCCCGGGCUUGCCGAUCAGAAGGUCGGCGGUUUGAAUCCCCACGACGGGGUGAGCUCCCGUUGCUCAGUCCCUGCUCCUGCCAACCUAGCAGUUCGAAAGCACGUCAAGUGCAAGUAGAUUACCUUCCCAGCAGGAAGGUAAACCGUGUUUCCGUGCACUGCUCUGGUUUCGCCAGAAGCGGCUUAGUCAUGCUGGCCCCAUGACCUGGAAGCUGUCUACAGACAAACGCCGGCUCCCUUGGCCAAAGAGCGAAAUGAACGCGCAACCCCCAAAUCGUCCGCGACUGGACCUAAUGGUCAGGGGUACCUUUACCUUUACCUUUAAAAAGAAUACAGAGCAGGUGCCUCAUGAACCUCUCUGGGAAUGGUAUAAAUAGAAACAAUCUUUAUUAUCAAAUUCAAAGGCAUGUUUUACAACAACUUAGAGAGUACAGUCCACAGCUAGCAAACGCCAUCUACCCACAUUUGUGUGUAUGUCCAUCUGCAAACUUAUUUCUUGGGGGCUUGGCUUAUUAAGCAAAGUGAAACUUACCUACUUCUAAGUAAACAUGCAAACAUCCUCUCAAGCUAGCAAGCCCUCAACUAUUUAAUUAGUGCUCCUUGGCACCUUGUAAUCUGAUUGGAUAAUAGAGUGCCUUUGGGUGGAGGGAGAAUUGGCUGGCCUUGAAAAGUGAGAGAGAUUCCAGCAACAGGCUUCCCUAAGAGAGAGCAAGUGAAGCAGCUGCAGCAGACUCUGAAUGGUUUAGGAAAGGAGCAACUGUGGAGAUAUUUAAUGGAGGGGCUUGGUAAAACUUUAUGAUGAAGUUGCUUUUUCCACUGGCAUUAUUUCUUCUUUUGCUUUGCUCUUGCUCAUUAGGGAAGGAAACUACUAAUCAAGCUUCCAGGGGUUUCCCAACGCCAAACUUUGAUGUAGGAAAACAUGAUGAAUGGGUGAGUAUUGGUUUUGUCCUAAGAGUCAAGUCAAAACACAUCUUGCCCCAAGAGGGCUUCAUGUAAGUGCCUCAUUCUUCCAUUUAUAUCCCAUGUACCUCUGAUAGAAAUAGCCACAUAUGUUAAAUAAACGCACCAUUUCCUCUAUAAACUGUGCACUUCCCGGAGUUAAUGGGAUUUUGGCACUUAAUAAGCAGUGAGCCCUGGAAUGACUGUGUGUAGGGAAAAGCGCUUGUAUCUGUGCUAUACUUGCAUAAUAAUAAGAGUAAAUCCCUUGGUUUUCUUUUUAGGCCGACACAAGUCUUAAUGGAUCCCAGGAAUCAAAACCAGGUGAGCUUUAAAAUUGACAGUGAAGGAGCAAGGUGAUUCAUUCAUGGGUUUGACAGCAAUUUUGUACUGUGCACAAGUAUUGUUGGGAUUUGUGUACUUUGUAGAGGGGGUGCAGUAUGGCUGCAGGGCAGGCUCAAUACCAAAGGGAUGAUUCAAAUGGUAAUGUAAUCCCUAAAGGCUAGUUGUCUUCCUUCCAGGAUGGGGAGUGGGGCUGCUGCCGGCCAAGGAGCCUGUGAGCAAUGGAUUUCUGCUGCUGCUGUUCUUCCUGACUAAGCCCUUGGGUUGGGCUCUGCUAAAACAAAGAGGGAGAACUGCUAGAGAAAAUUUCAGGCCCUGUUUUAAAUCUGGGAAGGAUAGGUGGUGUGUUUGUUUUGUAUCCCCCACACUUUAGAUGUACAAGUGCCCACAGGGCAGUAUUUACAUUAUGUUUAUUUCUAAAGUAUCACAUUACUCCCAUGUCAGAAACAGCUGCCUCUCCUAUUCCAGCUUUAGGGUGUUCUUUGAAUUUUGCAGAUCUGGUAUUUUCAUGCCCCUCAGAUGACCACCAGUGGGAUUCUGUGAUUUGAUUUAUUCUCUGCCAGUUUUCCUCAAGCCAAUAUUUCAGGCUCAGCUACGUAGGUUAUGAACUUUGCAGCUGAGCAAUGAGAAGAUUCAGAUUAACUGAGGAACUGGAGGGGCUGUAGCCCCACAUCCCUGGCAUCUCUGUGUUGGGAGCCCUUGGGAGGGAGGUGUUGGGUUCAGUGCCUGCAAACAGAGCAAUGAGAAGGAGAAGUCAAGCAAAGCAAAUCCCAUUACUGGAUGUGAUGGCUCAGGUGCAAGAAGAUGGAGGCUGUUAUUUCUGAAACAUAUAACCCUGAUCGACUACCUAUAGUUCUCAGAUAGUUGUAUUUGUGCUCUUGAUAGCUUACAGCAAAUGGGAUAGGAAAUACAAACUUCCAACAUUUUCUUCAGCAGAUUUUGUCCAAGUGGCACAAUGAUUGACUGGUUGGUGUCAGAAGAUUAGUGUGGUGUUUUCCAUACUGUCACAACCACAACAGUGGCCUCCAGUCAGCACCAAGGAGCAAGGGCUGUCAGCUUUUGACAUACAUGCCAACUGCACGUAUAUGCCAAGAAGUAAAAUAAAAUGAUUUUUCAGCUUCAUUCUUAACCCUGGAUGAUGUGGAGUUGUUUUAUAUCUGGAAAGGAUGUGUGAAGUGGCCCUGUGAUAAAUCUUCAGAAAUGUUUUUUCUUGCCUUGAAAACUGGCAAAUUGCAAGCCAACUGUUCAGCAGUUGUGUUACCUCGCAAGGUGUGUCCAGAGUCAGCAUUAUUUUGAAGUUGCCUAAACUCAGGCAGGCUUCCACUUGUUUCCCAACCAGUGAUCUGUCAACAUCAGCAGUCUGCUUCUGGGGUGUGUGUUGGGGGGCAAGGGGAGCUUGUCUGAGCAGAUCUUUUAUGCCGUCUCUCUUUGUCUAUUGUAGACCUAUAGUUGGCCUGUGAGCAAUAUGGGUAUACUGCAAAACAGGUAGAACACCAAACUGCCUGGCCAGAUUGCCAUAAGCAUAACUAAUACAAUGUAUGAAGUGCUUCCAGAUGCUCAAAGCAUUGAAUAAAGGCCAAGAAACCAGGCCAGUCCCUACUUAGCUUUGCAAAUGUGCUAGCAAUUUUAUUGUCGUUCUUCUAAUGCAAUAAACCAGGCAUAGGCAAACUCUGGCCCUCCAGAUGUUUUGGAACUACAAUUCCCACCAUCCCUAGCUAACAGGACCAGUGGUCAGGGAUGAUGGAAAUUGUAGUCUCAAAACAUCUGGAGGGCCGGAGUUUGCCUAUGCCUGCAAUAAACCAAUCGUGCUCAAUAAAUGGAUCCUCCAAACUUCCAUUUGUUCUGCCACUACCCCCUGAGGAAACCCACAGUUUAGUGCUGAAUUGGAACAAAUGGCAAUUGGUUUUUUCACAAAUUGCCAUCUAUUCUGAUUAGCAUGAAAGAGCAGGUUUUCAGGAGGAAAAUGGUGGGACAAAGGCAAAACCACUCAGACCUGUGCCAAGAAAGCAUAGGACAAACAGAAAACCCCUUGGACCCAUGCUUUCUAGGCUCCGAACAAGCGGAAGUGUGGAUGAGCCCAAAGUGAUGGUGAUUGUACACCUUCUUUCAUCUUCCAGCUACAGAAUUGGGAUCCCCUUGGCUGCUGGUGUAUCUUCCUGUAACGAGUUGCCACGCUGUCUUGGAGGGCGAUGCUGGAACUUUCUCUCCUCCAGAUCUGAGCAGGAUGCCAGGCAACAGCUGGUGCAACUGGACUAUCUGGGCUGGUCCUCACAAGCACAUCUUGAUUUACAUAGAAGGAUUUGAAGGGAUUUCACAAUGUGAAGAAAAUCAGGAUAAGCUCAUAUUCCAAGGAGUCUUAUCAAGUGUUGAAAGCAAAGUAACUUAUGCAUGCAGAAACCAUGGUACUUUGGUGUUUGCUGCACAAGCUGUGGCUGUCCAUAUAGUGUUUUUGUCAACAAUGUCUUCUCACAACCAUAGUCAUAAAUAUUUUAAAGGACGGUAUUAUGUAUUUGAAGAUUAUGAAACUUUUACUGGUGGUGAAAGGCCAGUUGUGAAAUCUAACAGCAGUGCUGGACUUUCUCCCAAGUCUUUUAUAAUGCACUCUCAGCAUAUUUUGGAUUUUGUAAACACUAGCAGAAAGCUUAGCAGCGAAAAUGGGCUUCCUGCGACUAGUAAAGAGAGGUGGUGGGGAAAUAGCAACGCUACAAGCUUAGAAUCAUUCCUACAACCUACGGUUUCUCUCUUGAAAACCAAAAAAAAAGUUACCUUGAAACCUCUUGAUAUAAAGAGGAUACAUGUUGCUAAGCCAACUAUUGAUGACAUUAGGAAUGGGAAUGAAACCUCUUCCAGCAACUUCAAGAAAACUCUAGUCUUAGAAUCAAGCAGUUUUGAGAAUGAAGACAAAGCAAUUAUGUACAAGCCAAUUGCCUCUUCAGCCACACUACGUGUGUCCCAAAAGGUCAGAAUGAUGACAAAAUCGGUGGCAAUGAAAGGUCAUGGAACUGUCACUAAAUCUGUCAAUCUUCAAAAUAGUGGGCACAGAACCACACGCUGGAAGCCAGCAUACAUGAGCAAUACUGGGAGAACAAUAUUAGGAACAUCUGCCUUGAGUGGCACUACUUUUCCACAAAUGUUCAUGGAAGAUCAGAGAACUCCAGUUUCACCUCCUAAAAGUAUCCCAGAGAAGAAGCAAGAACAGGUUCCUCACUCACUGCUGACUAAUUCUGAGUUCUCCAGGAAAAUCAUGGAUGAAAUGGAAUUUCAACACUUGGAACUGCAGGAAGUAUUUACAGGAGAGCAGAGGAACAAUCAAGCCUUUGGAGAAGAGAAUGACAACAGUGAUAAGUACAUAGCAGUGACUACUGCUGUAGGAAAAAAUGACUCUCGUGGAGCAGAGCAGCUCACUACAGAAAUGCCAGACAUUCCUACAGCCAAGCCAAAAACCUAUCUGACCACUGUAGGGUACCCUAAUGUGCUUCCUGCUCCUUCUCUAAGGAUGCUUAAUAGGAAACUCUUGGGCCCCACAACCACUACAGCUACGAAUUUCCAGGCUGUUCCCUCAAAGAACUCAAAAGGUACCCAAGUAGAGGCAGUUUCUACUUCGCCUCUCAACAAUCCAGUAACCAGAAACGCAGAGCGACUGCAAAAGAAACGCAUAAACCCAAAUCCUCCCUACUCACCUUCUGCUCAGGUGUCAAGUCAUAAAACUUCAUUGAAAGUUGAGAAUAAUUCCUAUGGUAAGUCUUGUUACCUCUAAACUGCUUAUCUGUCAACUGAGGCUGGUAAAUGAACGGAGCUAAUUGGGGAAAGUACAGAAGAAAUCCUUGCUAGCCUGUGUGUUUCAGAAAUCUGGCUUAACUCCACUGAGCAGUGUGUGGUUUUCAGCUUUUUCUAGUGUUUGAUAUAGGAGGGGGAGUCAGUAACUGUUAGCAGACGAAACAAAAUUGUCACUCUAAAUCCGAGCUGCUUCACACAUUGAAUUUCCCCCACUCGUUCAGUACUGGUCAGUCACUUUUAUUAUGAAUGGUCACUGCUCUUUGCAGAAUUUUCACUCUGUACAGUUUGCAUUUAAUUGUUUUUAUAUUUAUUGAUUGAUUGAUAAUGGAACCCUACUGUUUGACAAAACGGCAACUAUGUUUUCUCUCUAUCUCUUUCUUUGUGUUUGUGUCUAUAUUCGCCUACCUACUGAUAUUCUAGUCCGCAAAAGACUAUGCCACAAUCCAUUUGUUAAAUCUUUAAGGUAUCACAAGGCAAAUGCCCCCAAUUCUCUGAAGGCUGUCAGGUGUCUUGUGUUCAGUGAAAAAUGUUUUACUUGUGCAUAUAAACAUGUGUGCAAGCAUAAAGUGUAUUUUCAUUCCACAUAUUGCAUAUGGGGCUAGGGUGGAGGGGUUAUUUUACAAUAAACUGUAUGUACUGUACUAGAUUGAUAUUUUUCCGUUGUCUUUCUUCCAUAGAGAGGGAUUCUGUUUUGAAGCCCCAUGACAAUAAUUUUGUACUGGAAUCUGAGCACAAUCCUGGAGGUAACGUUUCCAUAUCCCCUUCCUCAAGGGUGGAAGAACUUUUAAAAAACUUGUUUUCCCAGUGCAGUUUAAUAAUAAUUAAUAAUAAUUUAUUAUUUGUACCCCACCCAUUUGACUGGGUUGCCCCAGCCACUCUGGGUGGCUUCCAACGGAUAUAAUAACAUAACAAAACAUCAAACAUUAAAAACUUCCCUAGACAGGGCUGCCUUCAGAUGUCUUUGCAAAGUUGUGUCGUUAUUUAUCUCCUUGACAUCUCAUGGGAGGGCAUUCCACAAGGAGGGUACCACUACCAAGAAGCCCCUCUGCCUGGUUCCCUGUAGCUUCACUUCUGUCAGAAGGCCUUUGGAGGUGGACCUCCGUGUCCAGACUGAACGAUGGGGGUGGAGACACUCCUUUGUGUAUACUGGGCCAAGGUUGUUUGGGGCUUUAAAGGUCAGCUCUGGGAGCCAAUGUAGAUCCUUUAAAUGGUUGGGUGACCUGACACAUCACUGACUGUUAAACAAAUGAUACUCAUGCUGCAAGUAGGCCAUUUGGGUGCAGGGAACACUUUCCUUUGUGCUCAUUUAUUUCCUGCAUUUAUAUCUCACCUUUUCCUCCAAGGAGCUCAAGGUGAUAUACAUGCUUCUCCUUCUCUUUUAAUCCCCACAACAGCCCUGUGAGGUAGGUCCAUCUGAGAGACUGUGACUGGCCUAAGGUCACCCAAUGAGCUUCAUGGCUGGGUGUGGAUUUGAACCCUGGUAUCCCACGUCCUAGUCUGACAUCUUAACCACUAGACCACACUGGCUUAGGGGGCUGUUAGGCUGUUAGCUUUAAAUACGGUGGCAAGCUGUUGGAAUUGCUCUGCUAUUUUCUGUAUCCUCACUGUACUUCAGCAGUCUUUGGGUCUUCUACAGAUCUUCUGUUUGAAAUAAGUUUUGGUAUAGAAAACAAAGGAUGGAGCUCUCCCACUGGAAGUGAGUUGGAAAAAGCUCUCAUAGACUCUAUUAAGAGUCAGGUAAGAAAACAAAUGGCACUGGUUGUAUGGUAAAGCCGAUUGUGUUUGUAAUGCUAUAUGUCAGUCCUUUUAAUAGAGGAGCCUCAAGUCCUCAAUUUUAGUUCUUUAUUUUUGAGGUGGGGGCACACCUUGCCUGUGGCACGUCAUGCUGAUGCUGGUAUCAUGUCAGUUCCACAAAAUGAGUUUAAUAAAUUUUCAAAGUGCACAGUUAGUUAAACAUGGGUAUUCAGACAAAUUAAAGACAGCAGAAAGUUUGGAUUUUCACCUUUUUGUGAUGAAUAAAAUGGAAGCACACAGAAUCACCAGAAGGCACACAAGGAAAUAGACAUAUUUGGGGAAAUGGUGAGCAUCCACUGUUUUUGGAAUAAUAAGCGUUUUUGUGAAAGAGAUUCAGAGUGACUAAGAGAUGUUGAUAUUGAGAAAUGGAAUAAGAAUUUUGUGAGUUAGAAGAAGGGAAAGAAGAGUGGAAACAUAUUGAAGAGAUAUAAUAGAUAUAUAAUACAGAUUUAUUAUAGGUGCAAUUGAAACACUUGAAGUAAAGUUAUAAAAACAAAAUAGUUUUUUUAUAUUACAUAUACUUGCGUAGUUGUCCCAUAGUAGGAAAAACUGAGAUCUACCAUACCUAGGUGAGGCUUUUGUUGUUAUUUUUAACAGGAUAUUAAUUAUGCUAUCAGCACCUUUGUUUCUGUUGCCAUUGAUUUAACCAUUGGUUAUCUGUAAUAUAAACCCACAGUUGGGCAUUUUUUCUUCAGGUGCAAGAGAAAGUGAAACUCCUCUCAAUCAAAGUCAAGGAAGUCAAGUUAAAGGAAAUUAUAAGGAAAGAAGAAACUGAAACUGAUAGGUAUGUCAACUAAGCUAUAGAUUGCCCUAAAAUGGUAACAAACUUGGUUUAAAGCACCCUGAAUUUGCGUGCUAUUCUUUAUCAGUUGCACUUAAUGAGGAAAAGCCAACAAUAUUAUUUCCAACCCUUCUUCCUUCCUUCUCUGUAGUAAACCUUCAACUUGCCUUCUGUCUUCUUAUUCCCAAGCUGAGAUAAUACCUUUAUUAUAUGUGCUCAGCUACUAGAGAAGGGAAGUGUUAAUGUACUCACUCAUUUGAAAUUAAUACUUCCAUUUUUAUAUGUAGACAAAAUGGUCCAAACCUGAUAUUCAUGUUCUGGCUCCAUCUAACACCAGAAGAAAAGAAUAUAUCUCACUUAUUGCAUGUGCAACUGGAAGACCUUGGUGGAGCAUCUGUGGAACUUGGCAAGGUUCAGACAGUUGUGGUGAGAGGUGUGUAAAAAGAGUUACACUAUUUAUGGGUGGUAUAAAAUAGCAAGUUAGAUAGAGAUGGGGAGGUCUGGGAUGGGAGAGUAAGGGGGGAAAUUCCACAGGUCUUCCUAUCACUAGCUAGAAAAGAAACUUUAAUCAUUCAGUGAAUAAAAUUCUGGGCUUGCUAUUUUUGCACCAGUGAAAGUAGGAGGAAAGAUUAGGCCUUUAAUCCACAGAACAAUUAAGCUGAUCACAUAGAGCUGGAUUCAACUGAACAAUUGCAUUAAUGAGAGCCAGCACAAGAGGGCUUCUCCCAGAUAGGCUUGGGGAGUCAGGAGAUCCCCCAGAACAGCAAACAGAUCGCUAUUGUUCCAUCAUGCAAGCAAAAGUGCUUUGCAGACAGAACGAUUGUAAUAGUGUGAUGUUGAAUUACACCUUAACAUUGUGUUACUGUCUCCUAAAUCAAUUUAGAAGUUGAUUACAUGGCAUCAAAUGGGACUGAAACUUCAUUCUAGUUGGUAUCAGUUGAAGGAUGCAAUCCAGGUAUUGCAUGCAGUUUGACCCACAUAAAUCUACAGCAUACAACUAAAGCCUAAUACCUGCUUUUCUCUUCAAGAGAGGAAAAUUUGGAGCAGGGAAGCCAUUAAGGGGCAUGUGUAACUCUUUCCCACUGAGUGCCAGUGUGGUGUAGUGGUGAGAGCAGUGGACUCGUAAUCUGGUGAACCAGGUUCGUGUCCCUGCUCCUCCACAUGCAGCUGCUGGGUGACCUUGGGCUAGUCACACUUCUCUGAAGUCUCUCAGCCCCACUCACCUCACAGAGUGUUUGUUGUGGGGGAGGAAGGGAAAGGAGAUUGUUAGCUGCUUUGAGACUCCUUCGGGUAGUGAUAAAGCAGGAUAUCAAAUCCAAACUCUUCUUCCCAAAAGUUGCUUCUCUCCAAAUCAUCUUGUUUCUCCAUCUGCUUUCCCCUCAUGGAGUUUGAAGCACAUUCGCCUUUGGCUUCUAGCACUUUAUUUUACAAUGACAGGUCCUGCUCCAAAGCAAGUCAUUGUUGAAACCAUGUACAUGAAGACUAUGGGUUAUCCCCUCAGUGUCCAUGACCCAGCUGCACUAUGCAUUUAAAGCAGGAUCAUACCACUUUAAGAAGUUAUGGCAUCCCUGGGGACUGCAGUUUGUUAAGGUUGCUAAGAAUUGCUAGGAGACCCCUAUUUCUCCUCAGAGCUACAAUUCUCAGCAUGGUUUUGUUGGGGGUACUGGUCAUUCGUUUUCAGAAAACUGUCUUCCUGAGUUUCUGCAUGUAAGAUGAAACUCUGGUUGUGAAGCUGGAUUGUUUACACUGGUGCAAAGAUAAGAGUGAAGUCACGCGCAGCGCAUUAUGUGAGAGUGACUAAGAGAGCGUUUUGGUUUUGAUCUGCUGAGAGGAUGCAAGCAGAUCUGCCGCGGGGAUCUACAUUAGUUUCUUGUAAAUAGCAACUGUUAAGUUUAAUGACAGGCAAUAAAGUAAUCUGUCUCAUCAAUCGAGACUCAGGGCCAAUUUCCUCACGCUUAGCUGCAGACUGUAUUUCAACUCUGCUAAGAGUCUGGUCGGAAGUGUGCUGGGCAAAUCUGUUUAUGGCAGCCUUCACGCCAUAAACAGCAACAGCCAAUCCUUUCCAGGGAAUUCUGAGAAUUUUAGCUCUGUGAGGGGAAUAGGGGUCUUCUUACAACAAACUACAGUUCCCAGGAUUCUUUUGGGGAAGCCAUGACAGUUUAAUGUCGUAUAACAAUGCUUUUAGGUGUAUAGUGCAGAUGGAGCUUUAGUGUUGUCGAGUUAAAAAGCUAAUGGUGGUGAAGAUCAUCCACCCUUGACAUUUCAGCCAAUUUUGUUGACAUUCUGGUGUGCCACAUGCAAAGUACAUGCUUGAGCAGGAUUUCUGGUACAGCCAUAAUGGAGGUUCCACAGUGCUUCCACCUGUGAGGAAGUGCUUGUGACAUGCAUAACCAUGAAGUGAUCAUUGUGAGUGAAAGAGCUGGGCGUGGGGUGGGGUACCAUAGAAUGAAUGCUACAGGAAAAGUGGGAGGGAUUUUUUUAAAAUGUCUACUGAAAGAGGUGAAGAAAAGGAGAAGAUGGGAAAUUAAUCAGCUAUAAUACUUCAAAUACUGCAUGCAGUGCUCAUAUCUAAAAAGGUAGCUGGCUAAUAAAAGUUUUGUGCAUGCAAAGACUAAUCCUUAACAUCAGGAAAAGCCAAAGCUUAAGGAAAAUCUAUUUUAUUCCAUACAUAUGGAAUGCCAUAGCAUUGCAUACCCCAACAUUUUCAUUUAUAUUUUUGUUAUUUUGACUUAUCCUCUGUUUUCAGAAUUGUUUGUAUCAGUUGUUUCUAGUUUAUAUCUGUUUAGCUGGGAUUGUGUAACAUCUUUUUCUUCUUGUUUCUUCUUGCACCUAUGUGACUUAGGGCUGUUGUCUUGGUGUUUAUUCUGCCAGUCCAUGGGAGACAUAAGUAAUGAGUGGCAGUAAGACAGCUUCCAAUGCAUACUAAAUUCCUACUUAAUUGGUUAGCUGUGGCUUAUAUGAAUGGUAGUCUGAAAACAUGCUAUUCAAAGUUUAUAACCAUGUUACUACAGACCAAUUUUAUUCUCUCUACCUGCCAGAUGUGAAUGAGUGCAGCUCUGGGAUUGGGCUAUGUGGUGACAAGGCAAUCUGUCACAAUGGAUAUGGUACAUAUAUAUGUCAAUGUAAAGAAGGUUAUGAGGAUCGUUCUCCAAAAAAUUCAGGAACCCUGUGCUUUCAUAAUCCACAGACAGGUAUGUAUUUAUAAAUCUGCUUUGGGAUUUAUUUGUUUAUUUAGUAUCGGGAAUUAGAAUGAGAAUACUUAAGGAUAAGAAUAAAAAUAAUUAGUAAGAAUAGUAAAUAUGUUAUGCUGCUUAACAUAACAGCAGUUUGCAUUAAAAUGUUAAAACUAAAAUAUAAAUGCUUAUCACAAAAUAAAACAGAGACACAGUAGACCAUUAGAAGGUGUUCCUUCUCGUUCUAUGGGAUAUCAGUUGGGUGCACAUCUUAAUCUGGAAGCUGUUCUCUUGCUUGUAGUGGGAUGUGCAUGGGGAAGUAUAUUCCUCUUCUUAAACCCCAGCCAGCUGGCACAAGACUGGGCUCAUCCUACGGCAGGUUUUUUUUUCUUAUGAACAGUAAAUCUUGUAGAAUCAGACAGAAGGUGAGUUUGAAAUAAUUGUCCAUCUUAGAAGAAGUAUGCUAUUUGCAUUGGAAAUUCAACCUGCCAGUUUACCGUAGCAACCUCUUAAGCUGUCAGAGUAAGAUUAUGCCUUUUUAGUUGUACUGUGGCUCCUGAAAGUCUUUGAUGUAGUUAUGCUUCUGUUCAUAUCACCUGAGAAUAUAUGGAUGAAGGUGGACACAGUGUUUAAAAAGCAGUCACGGUGAGUUCUUCAAUAGUGUGAGCUUAGCCUUAACAAUUUGCAUGACAGACAGAUAUUCAGGCAUGUGUGCCAGCAAGCCUUAUGCUGAUUCAGCCUUCAGUCCUGCAUUUUGCUUCACACUUGGUGUGAGCUGUCUUCCUUUUGUUUCAGGUGUGAUGUGCAUUAUGUUCUGUUAUAUGUUCUUCCUUGACCUUAUAAAAAAAGAAAAAGAAAGAAACAGCAAAAAUUUUGAUAGUUGCAAAACUGCCCUAAGCAGUGUAAGGAAGUGAUGGUUAGUAGCCUAUGGGGGUUAAUGGACAGGGGGGUUAUCCCAGAUUUGCUUUUAAACAAAGAAAUUCAAACUGUGCAUAAUGCUGCAGAAAGCAGGGCCAUAUUUUCCAGAAGAGGGCAAGUUAUGUUUGCACUGCGUGUGGCAGAAGAACUUCCAAAUUCAGCCUUACUAUGUUCUAAAAAUGUUGUGUCUUCACCCUAAGAUAGUUAACUCCUGUCCUGAGUGUGGAGGAGCAUGAAAUGUGAAUGUUGGUCUCCUAGAAUCCUUGACUUGUUCUAUGACGUGUUGGCUGAGCUCUUUUGAAUGUGGAAGGCAAUUUUGUGCGCAAAAAGCAUUCGGGAAAGAACGAGUUCAACAAAGCAGUUUUAUUUGUCUUGCAGGCAUUAGCUCCUUGUUCCGCUAUACCGAGAUUCUUGUAGGUACCACUGUUUUUUUCAUCUGUGCUCUUGUAGUGGUGAUCAGUGUGCUGUGCAGCAUAGUAAAAAAUAAAUUUACUAAGAAGGACUUGCACUUCCAAGAGGCUGCUUUGCCUGGGACAUCUACAUCAUUUGAUCAGAAUAACAUCCACCCUCUCCUUAGUCUAGACCCUGGCCUGUUAAAACUCAGAGCCAAGUCGCCAGAACGGCCUUUACAACAGAGAACCAGCCCCAGUGAAACGUACAGAGUAUCUAUUGAGCAGUCUGAAUGUUUGUAAAGAAAAUGCAAUAUAAGUUGCACCCCCCUUCCCCAAUUCAUAAUUAAUCUCCUUUCAUUUCUUGUUAGUGAGUAGAUGCAACUUUUUGUUUCUUAGCAGUUCGUACCGAAUUCUUUUUAUCACCCCUUGUUCUCUGCCCGUUUCCCCC